AUGAGUAGUGGUCAAAGCGAUUAUAUUCAGAAAGGAAUUAAGAGUGCUGAACAAGCUACAGCUGAAGAUAAAGCAAAUAAUUAUGAAGCCGCUGCACAACAUUAUAUGACUGCAGCAGAUUGGCUUAUGCAAGCAAUGAAAUAUGGAGCAAUGAAUGCUCAAAUGAAACAAACGAUACGACCUAAAAUAGAAAGUUAUGUAAAACGAGCAGAAGAAAUAAAAGGAAUUUUGAAAAAUGGUCCCGCUAAAAAGAAAGCUGUUGCCGAUGGUCCUAAUGGACGUGGAACUUCGAAAGAUAACAAAGGUGAUGAUGACGAUAGUGGUGAUCCAGAUAGAAGACGUAUGAUACAAAAAUUUGAAGGCGCUAUUGUCACCGAUCCGAAAGUAACAUUUGAUGAUGUCGUUGGAUUAGACCAAGCUAAAGAAGCAUUGAAAGAAGCUGUUAUUUUACCAGUCAAGUUUCCACAACUUUUUCAAGGUAAACGAAAACCAUGGGCUGGUAUUUUACUUUAUGGACCUCCUGGUACUGGUAAAUCAUAUUUAGCUAA